GGAAAUGUCAAGAAAAAAACCAAACAUGAGAGUGGAAUGCUAUGGCUGUUGUGAGGGAAUUUGAAUAUGUAAAGAAUUCAAAUGGUAAAAGUCUGAAUAGAAGUUUUUCUUCGUGUUCUGAUGCGGCCAGGUCUUCUGGCAACAUGUCGAGCGAAAGCGAGGAUGAACAUGAACUUAUUCUAGACUUACAAGAAGAAAUAAAAAAUAUUGAAAAUGUAAUCUCUCUGACAAGAGCCAAUAUUGAUGCCUUGAAUGCAAAGUUCGCCGAUUUUCAGCAUCCUCCUGCUAUGUACUUAAAAGAAUAUGAAGAAUUAACUUCCAAAUUGCAUGAACUGGAAGAGAGUAAGAGGAAAUUGAGUGAACAAAUAAAUACAGGAGGCACCUGUGGCAAGGAUUCCUAUAGUGGUAGCUCUAGUAGCCUCUCCCUACUCAGCCAGAGUCAGAGUAACCAUAGUACUCUGGAGAGAGACAAACAACAUAAGAGACAACUUCCUCCUCCAUUAAUACCAUACCAGACUCCAAGAUUUUUGAGAGCUUUUCUUCCCAAUCAUCAAAGAACUAGUGUGUCAGUUAGAGAAGGAAUGACUUUAAGGAGAGCAUUAGAAAAACCAAUGAACAGAAGAAAUCUAAGUUGUGAAAUGUGUGAGGCCUAUCUUGGAGAUGAAAGUUCAACCCAAAAACUAAACUGGAAUGUAGAUAUUAGUAGUCUUGAGUAUGACUUAGUAACAAUUAAAAUUAUUGACAAAUUUCCUAUUCCUACUAGUAUCUCACAUAAUUUUGUUAGAAAAACUUUUUUUUCCAUAGUGUUUUGUGAAGUGUGUCGAAAACUUGUUUUUACUGGAUUUAACUGCAGGACUUGUGGAUACAAAUUCCAUCAGAGAUGUACAGCAGGUGUUCCUUCUUUGUGCCAUCAGACUAGAAUGACAGAUGCAUACUACAGGUUUCUUUUAGCUCAACCUAUGGACUCCAGUGCAGGAAUUUUGCAAGUAGGCUCUGCUCACAUGAUAACAAAACAGCUACUUGAAAGACAACCAGCUGCUCUAGGCCAACAAGAUAGAUCAAACUCUGCACCUAAUGUUUGUUUAAAUAAUGUUAAAGGUUCAAUGCUUGAAGGUGCUAGGCCAUUGCAAUUCCUCAGCAAACCAAAUGAAGAACAGGAAUCACCCCAUUGUAAAAGUACUCAAGCCUCUCCUACAGGAACCCAUCAUCCUAAAAGGCCUAGGGCUCGAUCCGCCGAUGAAAGUAAACCACUUCUUGCAGCGCGGGAAAGCAUUGAAGACUGGGAAAUUCCUGCCGAUGAGAUUUUAGUUGGAAAUCGGGUGGGAUCGGGAUCAUUCGGAACGGUGUAUAAAGCUCACUGGCAUGGACCGGUAGCCGUCAAAACUUUAAAUGUGAAAAUUCCAACCGUUCAACAAUUACAGGCUUUUAAAAACGAGGUGACAGUUUUAAGGAAAACGCGUCACGUCAACAUUCUUUUAUUUAUGGGCUGCGUAAGCAAACCGCAGUUGGCAAUAGUAACGCAGUGGUGUGAUGGUAGUAGUUUGUAUAAGCAUUUGCACGUUGCCGAAACAAAAUUCUCGUUGUUUAUUUUAAUAGAAAUUCAACGUCAAAUCGCGCAGGGUAUGGAAUAUUUACAUGCAAAAAAUAUAAUUCAUAGGGACUUGAAAUCAAAUAAUAUAUUUUUGCACGAUGAUAUGACGGUAAAAAUUGGAGAUUUUGGUCUGGCAACUGCGAAAACUCGUUGGUCUGGAUCGCAGCAAUCUCGACAACCCACUGGAUCAAUUUUAUGGAUGGCACCGGAAGUAAUACGGAUGCAAGAAGAUAACCCUUACAGUUUUCAAAGUGACGUUUACGCUUACGGUAUCGUUAUGUUUGAGAUGCUCUCAGGCCAACUUCCAUAUGGUAAAAUUAAUAAUAAAGAUCAAAUUCUCUUUAUGGUAGGCCGAGGUUAUCUUAAGCCAGAGGUAACUUCUUUGCGACAGGACACACCCAAUGCUUUGCGACGAUUACUAGAACAGUGUAUAAAGUUUAAUAGAGAGGAAAGGCCGUUGUUUAGCCAGAUAUGCUCUUCUUUAGAAAAUAUGCUUAGGAAUCACCCUAAGAUCAGUAAGUCGGCGUCUGAGCCAAAUAUGAAUAGAACGACCCUCUCCGAAGAUUUUACUUACAAUAGUCAAAGUCCAAAUACACCAUCAUAUAAUAGCAAUUUCUUGUUUUACGGUGCUACAGGGAAUAUUUAAGUUAUGGAUGACACAAGGUUGUGAUUGACCAGUAGGGAGACAGGCCCUUACAGGCUGAUGUAAUUUAUGAAAUUGAAAAUCUUUAAAGUCGUUAACUAGCGUAGAAAAUUUGAUUUUAUUAGCAGUAAGUAGGUAGUCUAUAAUAUCAUGUGACAACAGGUUUUCAUCAGUCAAUUUAUUAUUAUGUUUUUUAAAUCUGAAGAGGAUGUAUGAAUAGAGGAUAGGUGCGUCAAUAAACUUUGCGCUGAAAUAUUGCUAGCCGCAACUGAGUUGCAGCUGUUCAAUGGUCGUCUUUUACUAUACAAAUAUUGAAAAUAAAAACAAACGCAUUUUGUUGCUUGGUUAUAUUGGAUUUAAUAUUAGAAAGCACAUUUAAAGUCCGUAUUGAAUUCUUAUGUUUUAUCGCGUGUUACCAAAUUUUGCCUAUGAACCCUAAAUAUUACCGUUUUGAACCAUUUUUUAGUUCCAAUUUUAAAAAAUUAUAUGUCAAAGUGGAAAAGUGACGAACCUAUCUAUUUAGAAACGCUUUAUAAACCCUUCAUAACUGAAAGGUCAUGUACAACUUAUUAUAAGCAGUAUUAAAUUAAAUUUACUUAUUAUUAAUUGAACUUACUUAAUACUAUUACUUAUUACUAAUAAAUAAAUAUUAAUCCGUA